GUUUCGUUGAGGGUCAAGGAACAACAACUACGGGAACCGCAGCCGGUGAGCGGUUAACGACGAGUCUUCAAAAUUUCGUGUCUGUGAUAAGGUCUCUACUCUCGCAUUCUCUAACGGUCGCAUGGACAUGACCAUUUCUAGUCUCCAGAGAUUAGCUAUGACGCCUAUGAUGAACUCCAAAAGCUCUCACAAGGUCGCCGUGAUUGGUGCUGGUGUUGCCGGGCUCGUCGCAGCUAGAGAACUGCGAAGAGAAGGCCACAAAGUUGUCGUCUUCGAGCGAGGCCAGAAGGUCGGAGGUACUUGGAUCUACGAUCCCAAUGUCGAGUCUGACCAUUUAGGACUCGAAGCUUCCCGAGCUAUCGUCCACACCAGUCUCUACGAUUCCCUCCGCACCAAUCUUCCCAGAGAAGUCAUGGGUUUUCGAGAUUAUCCGUUUGUGGCUAAGGACGGCAAAGACAGAGACACUCGAAGGUUUCCUGGGCACCGGGAGGUCUUGCUUUAUCUGGAUGAUUUUGCUCGCGAUUUCGAACUCACCGAAUUGGUUAGGUUUGAGACUGAGGUGUUUCAUAUAAGGAUGGAAGAAAGGAAAUGGAUUGUAAGAUCGAAAAGGCGAGCUCCAACUGAUCGAGAAGAUUCACAAAUCGAUAUGGAUGAGGUUUAUGAUGGUGUGGUGAUUUGUAAUGGCCAUUAUACAGAGCCCCGUAUUGCAGAAAUUCCUGGUAUUGAUUCAUGGCCCGGGAAGCAAAUGCACAGCCACAAUUAUCGUGUCCCUGAUCCAUUUCGUGAUCAAGUUGUGGUUUUGAUAGGGAGUUCUUCUAGUGCUUCUGAUAUCUCCAGGGACAUUGCCAGAGUAGCUAAAGAAGUUCAUAUUGCUGCCAGAUCUGUUACAGAUGAAACAAUGGUGAAGCAGCCUGGCUAUGAAAAUAUAUGGCUUCAUCCUAUGAUAAAGAGUGCUCAUGGAGACGGCACUAUGCUAUUCAAAGAUGGGAGUUCAGUCCUUCCUGAUGUUGUUCUACAUUGUACAGGAUACAAAUAUCAUUUCCCUUUCCUGGACACUCGUGAUAUUGUCACUGUGGAAGACAACUGUGUGGGACCACUCUACAAACAUGUUUUUCCGCCAUCGUUGGCACCAUGGCUUUCUUUUAUUGGCUUACCGUGGAAGAUUAUUCCUUUUCCUUUGUUCGAAUUACAAAGCAAGUGGGUAGCUGGUAUUUUAUCUGGCCGGAUUGUGCUUCCAUCACAGGAGGAAAUGAUGGAAGAUGUGAAUAAUUUUUACUCAAAAAUUGAAGCUGCUGGCUGGCCCAAAAGAUAUACUCACAACAUGGGAGAUUAUCAGUUUGAGUACGAUGAUUGGCUUGCAACAGAAUGUGGGUGUUCAGUCACAGAGGAGUGGAGGAAGAAAAUGUAUGAUGCAAAUGGGAGAAACAAGCAUGCCCGACCAGAAACAUAUCGUGAUGAGUGGGAGGAUCAGCAUCUAAUCUUGCAAGCAAAUGAAGACUUUCUCCAGUACAAAUGAGGGUAGAUAAUGUCAUCCUGGAUAAUAAUUUAGCUUAUGCAUCCUGUAUAUGUGCGAAGGUAUAAUAAAUAAUAAAGGGGCAAUAAGUCACGAAGUUCAAUGCCUGUACCAUGUGUUGGGAUUUUUCAUAGUAGAAGUUAAUAAAUGAUGGAUACACAGGAUAGUCAGUCAUUGCAAAGCCAA